UGGCAGCGUUACCUAGAUCCACUGGGACAGACCCGAUCUUCCUAGCAGGGAGCAGGUUCUGGGAGUGGGGCAUUCGCCAUCCCAGGAGAGCUUUUUCCUCAAACAUGCAACUUCCCGGGGGCAUCCCUGCCGGUAACAACCUGGAGAGGACGGGCUCUCCCUGAAGCCGAAGGGGCUGGACUGGGCGGCCCCACCGCGCCAAUGAAAGCCACCGUGAAGCACCCCGUGACAGCAGGGGCGAGUAAAGGUGGAGACGAGCCCGGGAAGUUGCCAGAGCAGGAAGAGGAGGAAUCUCAGGUUUUGCAUGGAACAGGCCAUUGCAAGUGGUUCAAUGUGCGAAUGGGAUUCGGGUUCAUCUCCAUGAUCAACCGGGAAGGAAACCCUUUGGAGUCUCCAGUUGAUGUUUUUGUACACCAAAGCAAGCUUUACAUGGAAGGAUUUAGAAGCCUAAAAGAAGGAGAACCAGUGGAAUUUACUUUUAAGAAAUCUUCCAAAGGCCUUGAAUCAAUACGGGUAACAGGCCCUGGUGGGAGCCCCUGUUUAGGAAGUGAGAGACGACCCAAAGGGAAGACAGUACAGAAAAGAAAACCAAAGGGAGAUAGAUGCUACAACUGUGGUGGCCUUGAUCAUCAUGCUAAGGAAUGUAGUCUACCUCCACAGCCAAAGAAGUGCCAUUACUGUCAGAGCAUCAUGCACAUGGUGGCUAACUGCCCUCAUAAAACUGUUUCACAACAGCCCACUAGUUCUCAGGGAAGAUAUGAAGCAGAACCACAGCCUUCCACUUCUGCUUUCCUGAGAGAAGGGGGAGGGGCUUACGGCCAUUCAUCUCCAUCAUAUUCUCAGGAGGGAAGGUCAGAGAUCUUAGAACGUUCAGGCAGGUCACCACAAGAAGCUGCCUCCAGUAAGUUAUCUGCAUCACCUGAAGAACAAAGCAGAAAGGGGCCUUCUGUUCAAAAAAGGAAAAAAACUUAGAGCUUUGUCGUAACCUUUCAUUUUCUUUACCCUCUUGGAAUGUCUACCUCAUGCAAGAACAGGGGAAGUAAUUUCACUAUCAGUAGCUGACCUGAAAUUUUAACUACUGUUGAGGAACUGUGAAUUUAUUUUUUUUAAUAGACAAAUCACUCCAAGCAAAUUACAUUU